AUGGGUGUGCAAAAGAAGACUCGCAAGUUCGCGCAGAUGAAGCGCACCAUCAAAGCCCGCGAUGAGCGCCUCAAGCCCGACGACAAGAAGCAAGAGAAGCCCAAGGAGAACGAGCUGACCCGCCAUAUUCCCGUUGCGCCCUCCAACAUGUUCUUCGCCGCCAACACUGCCCUCGGCCCUCCCUACCACGUUCUCGUCGAUACCAACUUUGUCUCGCACGCCAUCCGCGCGAAGCAAGAUCUCCUCACAUCGAUGAUGGAUCUGUUGUACGCCAAAUGUAUCCCGACGUUCUCGGAUUGCACCAUUGCCGAAUUGGAGAAACUGGGAGAGAAGUACCGGUUGGCGCUGCGGACGGCCAAGGACCCUAGGUGGGCUCGGGUAAAGUGCUCUCACAAGGGUACAUAUGCCGAUGACUGUAUUGUGGAUCGGGUUUCGAAACACCGCAUUUAUAUUGUGGCAACCAACGAUAAGGAUCUGUGUCGCCGUCUCCGCAAGAUUCCCGGUGUACCGAUCAUGAAGGUCGCAAGAGGAAAGUUCACGAUUGAGAAAACUAACCUCCUAAUAAUCGCGCGCGACCUCCCGCACACAACCUCCCUAAACUACACCUCCCCAUGGGCAGGCGCACACUGCAGGCCGGUUCCCGGCCGGACAGCGCAACACAGCCGGGAAGCCCAGCAAGCGCGGCGCACCUACGCGUACUUCAAGACGCUAGCAGCCAACGAGCCGGGGGCUGGGGUCGCCGCUGUCCCUGCGCUCGAGCACCUUGAAUCGCCGCCGGAGGAGUACCUCGACCCUGUGUGUAUCGAGAAUGCGUAUGGGGAUGUGGAGGGGUUUGCGCUCCUCAGCGCCACGGAGUUACCGGAGGGUGUGAGAUGGGGGUGUAGGUAUGAUUCGUUUGCGGUGAAUUCUCCGGUGUAUUGUCAGUGGAUGGCGAGGGAGUUUGUGCUGCGCGGUGGGGAGAUGAGGGAGUAUACGGUUGGGGAUGUGCGGGAGGCGUUUUAUCUGGGCGGGAUGGGGAGGGUGCGGACGGUGAUCAAUUGUUCGGGGUUGGGGUUGGGUAAGGAUGAGAAGGCGUUUAUUAUUAGGGGACAAACCUGUCUAGUCCGCAAUCCAUGCUCGAUGACUAUCACCCGCCAGAACAGCGAUGGGUCGUGGUCCUUCUGCAUCCCCCGGCCGCUGGGAGGGGCCACGAUCAUCGGCGGCACGAAGCACCCGCAUAACUGGGAUCCGAACCCGUCGCUGGAAACCAGGGCGCAAAUCCUCGCCAAUGCGGCCAAAUGGUUCCCUUUUGCGGAAGGGAGUGAGGGUAAGUUCGAUGUCAUUCGCGAUAUUGUGGGUCGUCGACCUGCUAGGGAAGGAGGCUUGAGGAUUGAAGCAGAACCUCUGGGCGAUGGGGAGCGCACAGUUGUUCAUGCUUAUGGGGCUGGGGGCCGUGGCUUCGAGUUAUCGUGGGGAGUUGCGGAGGAUGUGUUCAACCUCAUGGCAGAGCAUGACUUGAUCCAGCAGAGGGCCUCGCUCUAA